AUGUCUAAGACUAAUGACGGAACAUCGUCGUCACCCCCGAGUUGGGCAACAGCAGGGGGUGGGGAGAACGCUACUAGGGCACGAGUACCAGGCUGGAUGGUCGGCGACAGCGGCCCUGGUGGUGAAGGGACUACUACGGCUAAGGGGCAGCACCAGGAUGGGGGAGGGGCAAUGGAUGCCUUCUUACCAAAAUUUCGCCAAUUCCUCACUAUAGUGGAUCCAGCCCGGGAGAAGGGCAGUUCGGAUGAAGACCUCCUCGCAGUACUUAGAGACUACGAUACCCCUGAGGGCCUGUUCGCCUCACUCGAUGAGCAGUACAAGGCUGAGUGGCAUCAACACCAGGAUGGGGUUCAACCUGCCCCUCCGGCCCCGGCCGCGGCGACAUCUACUGCAUCAUCCAAACCUCGGUGUCAAUACGGCAAUAAGUGUUAUAGGAAGAACCCACAGCACAUGAGGGACUUUGACCACAGUCACAGUCCUCUGCUGCCGAGCCAGAGUGGUGGGGAUACGGUCACUCAAUCACCUGAUAAGAGGAAGAAGCGCAAACGGGAGAAGGACAGUCCAGAGGAGUCUGGGGAGAGCAGAAGUGCUCAGGUGCCGGAUGAUGUCACCGACUCCCCUGAGCGUAAUGAUGAUGAUCCUGACUAUACCCCCGACACCAGCGGCAGGGACUCUCCUUCCCCUCCCCCCUCAGCACCAGCACGGCCAGUGUGUAUGUAUGGUAGGAAAUGCUAUAGGAAGAACCCCGUGCACUUCAAAGAGCUCGAUACCCUUCAGCAUCAACGAGGUAUGCUCGCCUUAAUGACGAUGGGCGCCUCCUCCCCCGUCCAUAGGCUGAUCUUGAACCACUCUUCACACCCUAUGGGGAAAUACGCUACGAAAGCAGAGUGCGAUGCCUGCAUCAAGGCUCUGCAUAACACGUACCAGUGGCGGACGGGUAGUACGUGGAGUUUGAUGCAAGUGCGGUAUGCUAUAGGGGAACUCGAUGGGUAUCAUAAUAAGCUCUUCGUGGGGGGUAUACCAGCCUACUUGGACGAUGGUGCCCUCACAGCCUCUUUCUCGACUACGUAUGGGCCUGUGAGGGAGCUUGUGAGUCUUCGCCGGGGGCCAGGACAGAGCACGAAUGCUGUGAUGGUGAGGUUCGUCCGAAGGGAGAGUGUUAACAAGCUCCUUGCGGACUCUAGAAGACGCCAGAUUUACCUUUGUGGAGUCUACUGCCCUGCGGUUCGAGUUUCCUAUGCUCACUACAAUCGGCAUGGGGACCGCGUAUUCUCUACUAAGGCGACUGCUGAGGAUAAUGUUCUGCAAGAAGGAGAAGGAGUACCCUCACAGAGGCGAGUUCCAUCACAGUCUUCCACAAUAGGAUACCCUCCUGUCCCACAGGGCCCUCCACCGCAGUUACAGUCCUCCUCCCACCCCACCAUGUACUACGUGCCUAGCGGCCCUGUUGGGAGGCAGCUCUGUAUAGGAAACAUACCGUCCUACAAAAGCUUCUCCGAUGUUACUGAUCUCCUCACACCGUAUGGUUCGAUUCUACACAUCACUGCUGUUGAUGAUGAGGAUGCUGAUCAUGGUACUAUGACAGUAUCAGCAGUGAUGGCAUCGGAUGCUGAGGCGAGUGCUGCCGAGGCGGCAUUGAAUGGUUAUGUAUUCCCGGACGACGAAGCACAGCUUCCCUUGAACGUGUCAAGGGUGACACCACCUCAAGAGUGGUCUCCGGCUUAUUACUCCUACUACCCUUCACCAACGACCGAUACCAUCCCUGGCAGUAUAGCAAUGACCAAGAUAAUGGCUGGCCUCCUCAAAGCACAGGAGACUCUGGCUCGGCAUUCGCCCGUAUACGCUGGUUCCGGCAGCUUCCCUCAGGCCCCUCUGAGGCACCACUGUCACAACUGCUCGGGAGAAUACUGGUUGCCGCCUAUUAUCACUGCAGCAGCCGCUGGACAUAUUCAACUUGCUGCCAAUUUGACAAACUCUGCGAUCGUCUCCCUCCCAGCUGAAUGUAGACAAGCCUCUCGUGACAUCUGA